CCCUACGACAACAGCGCCCAAUUCCUCAUGCAUCCCCAUCGGGCGCUUGGCACAGGGGUAGCGCGCACGCUUCGCAUCUUCCGAUUGCGUGAGGUCGUGGGUUCAAAUCCCACAGUGUCCAUUGAAGAAUUCCGUGGCUUUUUCGAGGGUUGAAAAUAGGAUUUUCGAAAGGAGAGUGGAGGAGGAAGAGGUAGCGGACGCAUCUGCACCGACAGCAGCUUCGUCCAGUGCGAGAUUGUCGUUGAGCAGUUGCUGACGGUGCUCAUAAUGCCAGCCGUCGCUCAGAAAUCGAGGGUGCACAGCUUCAUAUUGACCAAGAAACCGUGCGUAGCUACUCUACAUAGCAGAGCAACCGCCCUCGAUGGCCUGGGGUACUUGUUUGGUGGAAGAAAACCCGCAUCGCUAGAGCGACGCAGACUUCAGAUGACUCCCGCCGACAUGAGUGGGCAGGAGAAUGGUAUCGGACGAGCCAGCACACUAGCCCGUCGUCAAAUUUGGUGAGCAGCCGUAGCAGGCAGCCACCGACCUUGAUCAAGGUUCAGUUCGUCUUGUGAAGCCACGAAGGGCAACAGAAGAGUCGCGUCGCCACUCUGGACGGCGCGGAGACGUACAACGCUGAGCGAGGGGGUUCAGUGAGAGCCGGAGGGAAGGAGGAAGCGAAGCUGGCGCUCUUAUAUACAGAAUCGCUUGAGGGUGGGCAAAUACUGGCAGACCGUCGGCGAUUGCGCGGGAUGCUGCAGCCGCGCCAUCGAUGGCCGGCUUCGACGGUGGAGCGAGAGGGGGAGGAUGGGGAGGCCAGAAAGUGUGAAUUGGGAGACAAGAAGGCGCAGAAGAAGGGGAUCAGCGAUGCGCGGGAUAUCUAAGGUUGUGAGCCGUUGCUUUUGGUAGGAAAGGCAGCGUGGAUGGAUGCCCUCUAGAGUGACCGUUCGAUGCGUGGGGACGACUAGCACCGAAAUUGUGCUUUAUCGUCUACCACACUGUCUCGUCAAGAUCCAAUUGCUAAGUCCUUCUUUCCUUGGAUAUUGUCGAGGUUUUCGCGGUGCGAGUCGAUGAAGAUCGAGCAUGUGCCA